ACCACUGUCCCCAAAGCCAUGGCCAGUUCCCUCUGGGACAAUAGGAGCAUCUCCUUCCUAGGAUGUGCUACCCAGCUCUUUUUCUUUGCCUUCAUGCUUGGAGCAGAGAUUUGUCUCCUCACCGUCAUGGCCUAUGACCGCUACGUGGCCAUCUGCCAACCCCUGCACUACAGGACCCUCCUGGGCACCAGAGCUUGUGCCCACAUGGCAGCAGCUGCCUGGGCCAGUGGAUUUCUCAAUGCUCUCCUGCACACAGCCAAUACAUUUUCACUGCCCCUCUGCCAGGGUAAUGCUGUGGGACAGUUCUUCUGUGAAGUUCCCCAGAUCCUCAAGCUCUCCUGCUCACACUCACACUACCUCAGGGAGGUUGGUCUGAUUGUGGUUAGUACUUUUCCAUUUUUGGGAUGUUUUGUUUUCGUGCUGGUGUCUUAUGUUGGAAUUUUCAGGGCCGUCCUGAAGAUCUCCUCACAACAGGGACGGCACAAAACCUUCUCCACGUGCCUCCCUCACCUGUUCGUGGUCUCUCUGGUUAUUAGCACUGCCCUCUUUGUCUACCUGAAGCACCCCUCCAUCUCUUCCCCAACUCUGGACCUGGUGGUGUCAGUUCUGUACUCAGUGGUGCCUCCAGCAGUGAACCCCCUCAUCUAUAGCCUGAGGAACCAGGAGCUCAAGGAUGCCCUCAGGAAAAUGAUCACAGGAUAUUUUUCUAAUGAAAUAACUUGGUUAUUUUCUUCUGCAUAA